AUGGCGGGUAACGAGAACCGUCAGCUACACAUGUUCUUCUUCCCCUUUAUGGCUCAAGGCCACAUGAUACCAACCAUAGACAUGGCCAAACUAUUUGCUUCGCGCGGUAUAAAAGCAACCAUAAUUACCACUGCUCUCAACGCGCCACUCUUAGCCAAAACAAUACAAAGAAGCAAAAAUUUGGGUGUCGAAAUUGGAGUUCUUGUUAUCAAAUUCCCUACUAUAGAGGCUGGAUUGCCUGAAGGAUGUGAGAGCUUCCACAUGGCUUCUUCGCAUGGAGUGCAACAGAAGUUCUUCAAAGCAACCACCAUGCUUGAACCACAGAUUGAGCAGCUUUUGCAAGAACAUGCUCCUGAUUGCCUUCUCGCCGACAUUUUCUUUCCGUGGGCUACUGACACUGCUACUAAAUAUGGUAUUCCGAGGCUUGUUUUCCAUGGAACCGGUUUCUUCGCCUUAUGUGCUUUAGAAUGCCUCAGACUAUCCGAGCCUUACAAGAACGUGUCAUCAGAUUCAGAACCAUUUUCCAUUCCUAAUUUGCCGAACGAUAUCAAGUUGACAAGAGAGCAAUUACCAGAUUACCUCAAGGAAAAUGUGGAAAGUACAGAAUUUGCCAAGUUUUUUAAAAGAUGUAGAGAAUCAGAGGCGAGGAGCUAUGGUGUUGUUGUUAACAGCUUUUACGAGCUUGAACAAGACUAUGUAGAUCACUACAGGAAGGUUAUGGGAAGGAAGGCAUGGCAUAUAGGGCCCCUUUCAGUAUGCAACAAAGAUACUGAAGACAAAGCACAAAGGGGGAAGGAAAGUUCUAUAGAUGAACAUGGGUACUGUUUAAAGUGGCUUGAUACAAAGAAACCUCAUUCGGUUGUUUAUAUUUGUUUUGGAAGUAUCGCAGACUUCAAUGAAUCUCAGCUAACGGAGAUUGCAAUGGGUCUUGAGGCUUCUAGACAGCAAUUCAUUUGGGUUGUGAAAAAAGAAAAGAAUCAUGGAGAAGAAGAGUGGCUGCCUGAAGGGUUUGAGAAGAGAAUGGAAGGCAAAGGACUGAUCAUAAGAGGUUGGGCACCCCAAGUGUUGAUUCUUGACCAUGAAGCAGUUGGAGGGUUUGUGACUCAUUGUGGGUGGAAUUCCAUAUUGGAAGGGGUGGCUGCAGGAGUGUCCAUGGUUACAUGGCCGGUGUCUGCUGAGCAGUUUUUCAAUGAGAAGUUGGUAACUCAGGUGCUUAAAAUUGGGCUCAGUGUUGGUGCCCUACGAUGGGUUAGUUUGGAAGGGGACAGCGUUAAUAAGGAUGCCAUAGAGAAGGCAGUGAGUCGGAUAAUGGUUGGGGGAGAAGCAGGGGAAAUGAGAAACAGAGCAAAGGUGCUUGGGGAGCUGGCAAGGAGGGCAGUUGAAGAGGGCGGAUCGUCUGUCUUGGAUUUGAAUGCUGGAAUUGAAGAUCUGAAGUCCAUUGGUUGUUGA